GUAUUUCUGUUGAGUUGAGAAUUUUCUUGAUUUACAAUCCACCAUCAGAAAGAAACGUGCACGCACUCACAUAGUAAGACAAGAUUUUUUGUCUAUCUAGAUACGGAGUGUGUGUGCAUUCAUUUGGUUGGAUAAUAUCUUGGGCUCGUAAUAUUAUUAGCAAAAACCAUAUUGUUGAGCAAACGAAUAUGGUUUUCGAUGAUACUAUUGAGUCUCAGAUUCCACCUCCUGAUGUAAACAUCAUAAAGAAACUAGCGCUGGUAGCGUCGGUAGCAGUCGGCGUACAGUUCGGGUGGGCGUUGCAGCUGUCGCUUUUGACUCCAUACACACAACUCUUAGGCCUGAAACAUAAGUGGGUAUCCUUAAUUUGGCUCUGCGGUCCUAUAUCUGGUUUGGUUGUCCAGCCAAUAAUCGGUCACCACAGCGAUCGGUGCACUUCCCCUUUCGGGCGGCGACGCCCGUUUCUUGUGUCAGGCACUGUCCUCCUCUCCAUUGGUGUCCUGCUUAUAGGCUUUGCUGCUGAUCUAGGCCGACAGUUAGGUGAUUCUCUGGAACCAGGGGUUAAACACGGAGCAAUCACAAUAUUUGUACUCGGAUUUUGGUUCCUAGACGUCUCAAACAACAUGAUUCAAGGUCCUUGCAGAGCCCUUUUGGCUGAUGUCUCAUGCCAAAAUGAUGCUUUGGUGACAAUAGGGAAUGCCAUGUUUGCGUUCUUCAUGUCUGUAGGAAGCAUCUUGGGCUAUGCUGCAGGGUCCUAUGGGGAAAUUCAUCAACUUCUGCCAUUCACGAGCACUGAAGCUUGUGAUCUCAACUGUGCUAAUAUCAAGACUUGCUUCCUUAUAUCUGUUCUCCUCACAAUAUUCAUAGUAACAAUCGUUGUUGUUUUCGUGGAGGAGGAAAGACUCGAUCCAUCCUGUCUGCUGUACUGGCAAGAAAAUCAGGGUGCAGAAGAGAAGCCCCCCUCGUUUCUCAUGCAGAUAAUAAUAGCUGCUAAAAGCACACCAAGGCCAAUUUGGAUCUUGUAUAUGGUGACAGCCCUCAAUUGGAUAGGAAUCUUCCCAUUUACCCUAUACGACACCGAUUGGGUUGGCAAGGAAAUAUACGGAGGACAAGCUAUGGGAAGCCCUGAGCAGAUUAAGCUGUACAACGACGGGGUCCGUGCAGGAGCAUUUGGACUAAUGUUUUAUGUAGCCGUAUUGGGGUUCGUCUCCCUAUUCUUGGAGUUGUUGAUACGCUUACUAGGCAACGUUAGCCGCCUCUGGAGCAUCUGCAAUUUCAUUGUUGCAAUCUGCAUGGGAAUGACAGUGGUUGUCACCAACAUUGCUGAGAAUGCUAGAGAUGCUAACGGCAAUGCACUUGUUCAUCCUCCCACUGAAGUUAAAGCAUCUUGUUUUGCUAUCUUUGCUGUGUUGGGUAUACCACAAGCGGUCACCUAUAGCAUCCCUUUUGCUCUGGCUUCCAUAUACUCCAAGGACACCGCAACUGGCCAAGGGCUUGCGCUGGGGCUUCUCAAUCUCGCCAUUGUGAUUCCACAAAUAAUAGUGAGUCUGGUUAGCGGACCGCUGGAUGCAUUAUUCGGGGGCAGCAAUCUACCUGCGUUCGUGUGGGGAGGUAUUGCAGCAGCAAUUGGAGGCAUUGCCGCUUUCAAAUUGCCCCCAGCUGAAUCGCAAAGCAACAUUCAAAUAUGAAAUUUUGUACAGAACAUCACCCGAUUUUGAAGCAUAACUUCACUUUUCAGCAUCGAAGUCUUGUAAAUUAAAAAAUAGUCUAAUUCUUCUUUGUUGUGAAUAUGUUUACAUUUGUUUAUACCAAAGAGCAAUAUUUUGGUAGAGUCCAACGUUCCACGUAUCAAAACUUAUAGUGGCGCGGAACAACUCAACCGAAUUUGCAAAUGUUGUAAAAAAAUUUUUUUUUCCUUUUCUUUUUAUUCAAUUUUGUUUAAUAAUAGUCUGUCUUUAAGCUGUACAGAAGUGAAAUGUUGACGGAAGGAGAAAGCUUGUUAUGUAUUGAUCUUUAUACA